AUGAUGCCUUCAUGUUCCGAUUUAUUCGACUACACAUCCGGGCGAUGGAUGUAUAAUGACGCCUUACGGCACCGAGAGUGGAGGCGUGUCUUCAACGUUCCAGAGCUCAAGCGACUAGCGGCUUCGUCCAUUCGCCAAAAGGAAGAAGAUGUGGUCGCUUUCGAGAAGCUUGCUGAGGGAGGGUUCAAUAGAAGCUUCUUAAUCACUAUGCGGGAUAAUUUUCAAUUUGUUGCCCGCAUUCCGUAUCCAUCGCAACCAUGGAUUUUCUCCGUUCGCAUGGCGUACCAGUCCCAGAGGUCUACGGCCACUCAGCUAGUGCUGAUAACCCAGCGCAAACAGAAUAUAUUCUUUAUGGAAUUCGUUCAAGCACAGAGCCUGGGCGAUAUUUGGUUCAAUCUCUCCGGAAAACAGAGAACCAAACUAAUCGCAAAACUAGUACAGCUAGAGUCUCGAUUGUGUGCAUUGCGGUUUCCAACAAGUGGGAGUCUCGAUUACAGCUCUGACCUUCCAGGAACCAACAAGGUCAUAGUUCCGAGUUCCUCGCCAAGCGACAACGGCCGCUUCUGCAUUGGCCCCGAUACGUCACUUGGACUAUGUGGAUUGAUUGACUGGCAGCACCGCACCAUUCUCCCUCUUUUCCUGCAGUGCGUUAUUCCUGACAGUUUGCAAAACUACGGCGACGGCGUCUCCAAAUCUCUUCAGGAACCCACCCUGCCCAGCAAUUUCAAUGAGCUGAAAUUAGAAGAGCACGUGCUGAGGCGGCGAAUCGUUCACUAUGCCAGUGAUCCAUGGGAGGGAGACAAUGUAACACUAAAGUCGAAUCUGAAUGCUUUGUCACGAAAGUGGGUGGACAUCAAUGGUGGCAAUGCAUCACUUUGUCCACUCGUGUACUCUGAUACUGAGUCAAAUGAAUGUUUGAGGCUAGCACACGCACAGGCAGAAGCAGAUGAGCAACUCAAAAUUUGUCAGGACCUGAUCGGAGUCGGAAAUGAGGGCUGA